AUGUCAAGAACUCUGCCGGUUGGAGUUCAAAGGCGACUCUUGUGCACGCCCCAGAGCCUACUUCGCCUGUCUUCAACAUCGCGGCCGGCUCACAAUUGGUCCCUUCACAGGUCCGGCUCGGAUGCCGCCAGAGACGAGGUUGCUCAGCUAGCCUCAAGCCCGCGUCGACGCUUGACACUGGCAGAUUUACUGAGGUAUAUGACUGCAAGGACGUCCACCACUGUCCAAAGAAGCACUGCUAGCUUCGGCGAAUUUCACCCUCUCCCUCCCCCCGCGCGGUUAGCCUCGCGGAUCCAAGCCCUGCGUAACCUCCCAUUUAUCGUCGUCUCCAACCCCCAUGUGUCGAAGAUAUACAACAAUUACCAACACUCACUGUCGGCCCUACUGCCCUACCAACAACGGGAGAUCACAACUCUCGAGGAAGAGAAUCGUUUCGGUGACGUGCUCGCCGACCUCGUCCAAACACAUACCAACACCAUCCCCGUUCUCGCGCGAGGAUUCCUCGAAUGUCAAAAGUACGUGAGUCCGGAGGACGUGACACGCUUCUUGGACACCCAUUUACGAGCACGUAUCGGCACUCGGUUGAUCGCCGAGCAGCACCUAGCUCUGCAUUAUGCCUCACAACCAGUAACCGACGAUCCAGCGAGUCGAGCACAGGCCGAGCCAGCCUCGCCUAAUAGCUCUAUUCCACCCAACUACAUUGGGGUCAUAGAUACUGGUCUACAGCCUUCCCGAAUCAUCAGGCUCUGCGAGGAUUUUGUUGGGGAAAUCUGCGAGCUCAAGUAUGGAGUCCGCCCACGUCUCGAAAUUGGAGGAGAGCCAGAGGCUACAUUCGCGCAUAUCCCUGUGCAUGUGGAAUACAUCAUUACGGAGUUGCUGAAAAAUGCGUUCCGCGCGACUAUCGAGUCGGGCAAUGAACGCGAGCCCAUUGAGAUUACAAUCGCCGCUGCGCCUGAUGUCCCCGGGAAAGAGCAUCCGUAUCAGGAAGAGGCCGAUGCUGGGGUCGAUCUAGCCGAGGAUACGUCUUCUACGAAUGAGGCGAUCGGAUAUUCGAACCCAUCGUCGCAGAGUAUUACAAUUCGCAUUCGUGAUCGGGGAGGUGGCAUCCCCCCUGAAGUCUUGCCUCAUAUCUGGUCAUACAGUUUCACCACAUUCUCUGAUAUGGAUUUUUCCAAUUCGGCGAAUGGGAAUCUUGACGCCUUGAAUACACUGUCUGGUAGUGGUGGCCAUUUGAGUAGUAUUGCUGGUCUUGGGUAUGGAUUACCUCUGAGUCGUGCCUAUGCAGAAUACUUUGGUGGUAGCAUUGCUGUGCAAAGUCUUUGGGGAUGGGUACGGAUGUUUACUUGA